CUGGCACUCGCUCAAAUUUCAGAGUUCCGUCGUUUGUAUUUAUAUUUGUUUGGUAUCCUGCAGGGACAAUUCCUGCAGGGCCUUUCCUAAUACCUCCAAAAUGGUGUCCAUUCUUAAGAGAAUGCGGAAGAUGAAGUCUAGACUUUUAGACAUCAGGGUUGGCCUUGGAGCUGCCCUUCUUCCAUCUGCAUCAUCGCCAUCAAAAUUCUCCCCCGUAACUCGCCUCCAUCUCACGUACGCUCGCAAAAUGUACGAAGGUCACAUCGGCGCCCGUAGAUUCUGGCGCCAGUGCCUUCCACGAUUAAAAUAUUAUAAUCCCAGCGUUGCGAUGUCCGUGAAGCAAACAGAUGACAAUGCUGGCCCGGCAGUGUUAACGCUAUACUUCGCAAACAAAGACGGCGCUACACAGGCAACAUCUUCGACAACCGAUGAAUUUGCUCCGGCUCCUACAGAAUCGGAAUCCUUCAAAACGAUAGAUGUCAAGGGCAAAAGCCUCGAGGAAAUUUGGGGUAGCUUUAAGAGCAUGACCGGUGCAGAAGAUCUAAAGGUCUCGGAAGCUGAUCGUCAAGAGCUCGAGGAGCUCUCUAAGCAGAAAGAGAAAAGUGAAGUUGAUCGCCAGCGGGUUGCGGGUAUCCGGCAAGCGAGAAAGGACCAAGAGAAGAUGCUCGCAGCAGCCAGAGCUGAUGUUGAGAGGGCUAAGGAGGAGUAG